AUGGCCAUGAGAUUGCCUGGGGGCGUCAGCUGCGAGAAGGAGUUUUGGGACUUUCUGGUUAACAAGCGCGAUGGCUUGUGCAAGGUCCCUGAUACCCGCUACAAAAUUGAUGCUUUUCACGACGACUCGAGGACUGGUGCAAUCCGAACACAGCACGGGUACUUCCUUGAGCAUGAUAUUGCACAGUUUGACACGGGCUUUUUUGGCAUUAGUAAGGCUGAGGCUGCGAAACUUGACCCGCAGCAAAGGCUCUUACUAGAGAUAAUCUGGGGAUGUAUGGAGAAUGGUGGACAGACAGGAUGGCGGGGAAGGAACAUUGGCUGUUAUGUUGGGGUUUUUGGUGAGGAUUGGCUGGACUUGAAGACAAAGGACACCCAAGACAAUGACAGAUACCGCGUGGUUGGAGCGGGUGACUAUGCCAUCUCCAAUCGUAUCUCCUACGAGUACGACCUUGGAGGCCCAAGCAUCACCUUUCGAACGGGCUGCUCAUCCUCCUUGUGCCAUGGCACUGGGACAACUGUUGGAGAUACAUCAGAGACAUCUGUUGUGGCCAAUAUCUUCGGAAAAGAAGGUAUUUAUAUCGGUGCGGUCAAACCAAACGUCGGGCACUCUGAAGGCGCGUCUGGAAUUACCAGUGUUAUCAAGAGUGUUUUGGCGCUAGAGAAGCUAACCAUUCCACCCAAUGUUCAUUUCCAAAGUCCCAAUCCCAACAUCCCAUUUGAAAAGGCGAGGCUGCAGCUGCCCUUAGAAGCUACCGCCUGGCCGAAAGACCGAAGCCAGAGGAUAAGCAUCAAUUCAUUUGGCAUUGGCGGAACGAAUGCUCAUAUUGAGAAUUUGCAGAAGUAUCUGGAGACAACCAAGUCAUCAUUAGGCGAUAUUGCAUACACAUUGGGUUUGAGGCGAGAACAUAUGCCACACAGGGCAUUUGCAUUCACAGAAGCGAAUGGAAAAGCCUCAUCUUUUGAGAAGACCAAGUUCUCCAAGGCACCCAUCGUUUUCGUGUUCACCGAACAAGGUGCUCAGUGGCCCGGGAUGGGCCGAGAAUUGAUCGAAAAAGUAGGAAUCUUCCAGGAAGAUAUUCGGAUGAUGGACCGCAUCUUGCAAGGAGUUACGAACGGGCCUUCGUGGUCUAUUGAAGUGGUGGGACAUUCCAGUGGAGAGAUUGCAGUUGCCUAUGCCUCGGGUGCAUUGUCUGCUGAGGUUGCAAUUCUCGUUGCAUACUUCCGUGGUCAAGCAAUGAAGACUUUCUCCUCUGAGCAUCAUGGUGGCAUGGCGGCCGUUGGUCUUGGUUCAGAAAAGGCAAGGCCUUUCUUGAAGCCGGGCGUCGUCAUCGCUUGUGACAAUAGCCCAGAAGGUGUCACGCUCUCAGGUGAUAGUGACACCCUCGGUGAAGUUCUGGAUGGCAUUCAUGCCCACGACAAUGAGAUAUUUUGUCGACAUCUCGCCGUCAAUGUUGCCUACCAUUCACACCAUAUGGUCGAAGCUGGGGAAGUGCAUGAGAAGAUGGUCCAUCCGCAUUGCGCACACAAACUAUCUAUGGCGCCAAUGUACUCUACUGUUUCAGGGACAAUUAUAUCAGAUCCCUCAAUUCUGAACGCCCGUUACCGGCGCAAGAACUUGCAGUCCCCCGUUCUUUUCAACACGGCAAUUCAACGGAUCAUUGGAGAUGACGACCAGUCAAAGCUAUUCCUGGAGAUCGGACCCCAUUCAACGCUAUCCGGUCCUAUUCGUCAGUCACUUGCGAAGGCCGAUACGAAAGACCACCGCUAUCUUCCAACCAUCAUUAGGGGCAAAGAGCCGUGGAGAAGUCUUCUGGUAACAGCUGGGAACCUAUACACUCACAGCGCACCUAUAAUCCUCCCUUCCCUCAUUGCGCAAGGCAAAGUCUUGACAGAACUUCCCCCAUAUACCUGA